AUGAGUUCCGAUCCAGCGUCUGCCUCAUACUUGUCAGAUACCAGCAAGUAUGGGUAUGACUUUGUCGUGUCCACCACUCAAGCAUCUAUCAACUCAGGCCUGCUUGAAUACCUGGAUAGUGACAGUUUACCGGAGAUGUACAUUUGCUAUCAUGCAGACGCUAAUGCCAACAUCGUCGGUGAGAUCAGUCUCGAUGAUGUUAAGGAGCAGUCUGGCUAUAGCCCCUUCGACAUCCCCGAUGGUACCGACUACGAUGAUCCUCGCAUCACUGCCCUCACUACCAAAGCCAAGUUCAUCGUGGGAAUCCGGAUGAAGCUUGGGCUGCCACCAGAUAUCCUACCCAAGGACCUACCGAAGCCGGUCGUCGAAUUUGGCAGCAGUAUCAAUGACAUAACAUUCCACAUGUUCCUCCGAGAGUGUGACGUGAUCCAGAACUCGCCUGCUAGUGGGUUUGGGGGCGCGGGCCAGUGGCAGGUCUGGAGCCAGCCAAGGGAUGAGGCAUGGUAUGUCGAGACGGAGGUGAGCUUGGUUCAGAAGGAACUGGAUAAAAGCCUCGAUACUCCAUACCUCAAUGAAAACCCUGCCAUACAACAGCAGCUUCGUGAUCAGCUAGAAAAUUUGUCGGGCACAACCUUUAGCCUAUCACAGCUACUGUUCGACUUGGCGACUGCUAAAGCCAAAACAGUUCCAUCGUUCGGUGGCGUGGGUGAGAAAGCCCAGACAGUACUGAACGAGUCGUACAUCAAGUUCUACGCCGACGACACCGCGGGCAUUCCACUGGUAGCUGUGACUGCAACGGCUGAGCCGGCCGACGGCGGGUCACUGACCGUGACCAGCCUUGAGCGUCAGCUCACGUUGAACGACAGCGAUAGCAGGGUAUCGACCCUAGUCUUCCUCUGCGCAACCGAUGGCCAUACACAACCAGCCACAAUGCCCUUCACCUGGAACUGGGUAGCACCCGCUGAUGUUGAUAGCGAGAGUGGCGUCAUGGCCAUCAAUCGUAAUACUUUUGCCGAAUACCUGAAGGACCACCUGAUGGAGAUGGUACGGCCCGCCUGUAUGAGUGUCGACAAGCUCACGGUUAAUGCUCUUUGGAAUGGAGUGAACCCCGAAUUUUACUAUAAUUGCUCGAUAGUGGCCGGCUACAGUCCCCAGACCGCUACCGUCUUUACCGAUGCCAGCGACAGCAAAGCUAUUCAUCUCGAGUUCAGCAGCGAGAAGCUGGACUCGGCUCAUCUUGCUUUAUAUUACUCCAAGCUCUGGGUCAAGAGCAAUUAUACCUGCGAUGUUAGCUUUGAGGGUACAAACACAAUCCAUAUUGUCCAGCGCGCGGUGAUUUGGGCCGAAGUGCUGGUGGACAGCUCUGGAACUGACGGCAACAUCGCUGAUUACACCUUGGAGGAAACAUAUUCCCUAUCGGUCGAUCAGGCCGGCAAUCUGCAGCUGGUGCCUGAGAGCAGCAAACAGACUAAUAACUCUGUUGAUCCGAGUGUCAAUGGCUUUAUCGAUUAUUUCACCAGCAUCAAUGAAGUCUUUGACAAGCUCGAGGACACAUUUAGCGGUUUCGCCGCCGAUGAGCUCCAACAGGUCUCCUUUAAGCCCAUGCGAAAUUUUGUGUUUCCCGGGGCGCAGGUCUUCACCUUCCAUCAACCUCGCUUCUCCAACUACGGGGACCUGCUUUGCGACAUCACAUAUGUGAAGCCAAGCACCCAGGCUGCCCCUGCCCGCAAGGCGCUGACGUCCAGCCAGGACGUCUCUCACCAGCUGAGCGCAUCGUGCGAGCUGAUGCAGAACUACGUGGCUGGCAGCCUAGUCUCGCCCACGGGUAAAUUCACGGCGCUACAGACACAAGCUGGCCUAAGUCUGGUCUUCGCCCUUGAUACAGCUGGAGUCUUGCAUGUCUUUGAGGAGCAGAGCGGCACAACGCAUACGGGCUGGCAAUUGCGCGAUCUCUCCACCAAGACGUUGCAGAAUGCCUUCCCAAACCAGGCCAAUGUUGUCGUGCGCGACUUCGAUGUCGCCCAAAGCGCGAUGGAUGGAUCCAUAGGUCUUAUGAUGGCAGCCACUGUAAACGGAACUGACCAGCUCUUUGUCUCCUUGCUCAACUCCAGUUCUGACUCCUCGUGGACCAGCUCCCCUAUCUGGAGCCCCAUCCCUUUUGAUGCAGAAUCAUCGUCAUCUGAUAACACGUCCAGUAGCCUCAUCAUUACUGGCAUGCUCUUCGCCGAGGUAUUCAGUGAAAAGCAGUAUAUCAUCGUUGAUACUGAGCGCGUGAGCGGCGACGCCGCCACCAAGGACAUCACUCGCUAUGUCGUCCAUCCGACCGCUGACGAAGGCUCUCGCUGGAUCAAGGCAGACAUUCCUGUCGACGUCGAGGAGACCCGGUACCAGAGCUGCGUCGGUCGCAUACACGGCGAACGUAUUGACGGAGUUUACACCAGUGGCCAGGCGGGAGAGUCAUCACAGCUGGUGUAUGUGCCUCUGGAAAAUGUUUAUGGGGAUGGGCCUCCGGAGCCUACCCGCCUGAGCCUGCCUAGCGACAUGCACCCCACAGCCAUUGCAGUUGCCCGUGAUGCCGACGUCGACUCCGACCAGUUUGGUGGCACCGAACUGUACGCAGUUAGCGGUGCUACCCUCUAUCUCUAUGACACCGCAGCGCAGCAACAAGGACUUGCUCCCGCCGCCCUGGUUACCAACGACUUUCUCUCCGGUACCGAUACGUUAUUCGCCAUGAUGCAUGAUGGGGUGACCACUCUUUGGGGCAAGAACGGCAACGACGUCGUCUAUUAUCUCACCUGCCCCAACACACAGCUAUCGGUUCCGGGAGCUUGGUCUGCACCAGUCCCUCUCCUGACGGGGAUUGAGCGCCUUUCGCCCUACGUGAACCUUGCCGAUGGUGGUCGAACCGUCUUUGCUGCGGGAGGGGGCGCAAUUCAAAAAAUCGUGCAAAAACCCAGCACGGCUGGUAGCAUAUGGCGACCUCAGCGCAUCACUUUGGCUGCUACUGCACCUACGGAACCUGCGCUCUCGUUCAACUCUUACACUACCACAGUGCAGGUAGUUGGCACAGACAAGAUGCCCGCUCGAGAAGUGUCCUUGGCCAUCUCCGCUGAGACAUCCACACCCGCUUACAUCAACGGGCUUUACUACGUGCUGGGCGACACUCCGGUGAUUGUGAAGACCGACGCCAUGGGCACUGUGACGGUGAUCGAAGCCACGGAAGACCUUCAAGGUACCCCUUUGACCGUGAAGGUAGUGGAUGACAGCAGCACCACCCCGCUGGUUGUCCGCCCACUGGACACGGCCUGGAAGAAGCUCUCCCAGUUGAACUCCACUGAAAACCUGCGUGCUGCUAAGGUGCCGACGGAAAUUGUUGCGGGAGGUGUACUCGGGUCAACCGAGACAACAUCGCUGGUCGACUCGGCCGCUGAAGAGAGUGACGUGCAGGCUACUGCAGCAGCCAUGGAUCAGCUGGGCACCACUUGGUCGAGCAUCCAGAGUGGAGACACGCGCGCCUUGGUCAAAAACCGGGGUGUCGUCCCAGCCACCUACUACCAAGGACGCCCUGGAAACAACGGUCGGGGUCUCUUUGACUGGAUUGGUAUGGCUGCUGGAGAUCUCUUCCGUUGGUUGGAGACUGGGGUGGAAGCCAUCGUUGAAGUCAUUAAGGAUGCCGCGACUGAAGCCUGGCAUUUUGUCGCACAUAUCGCCGGUGAGGUGUAUGCGGCGGUCUUGGAUACUGUGGAGGCUAUAGUGGGUGCUGUGAAAUGGUUGUUCAAUGCUAUCAAAACAGCUAUCGAGGCUAUCAUCCGCUUCGUCCAAUUUCUCUUUGAGUGGGACGAUAUCCGGCGUACCAAGAACAUCCUACACAACAUCGUUACCUUGUUCACCAGAGACCAGAUCAGCCAGUUGUCCCAAAUCAAGGCUGAUUUCAAUUCUAGCGUGUCUGCUGUAGAACAGAGUGUCAACUCCUGGGCAGGAAUCGAGGACUGGUCGAAACUCGGGGACCCUGCCAGUGAGACGGCGGCGGGGAGCAGCGCCAAUCCAGCGGAGGGCCAGACAUCGGGUUCACAGCUCUUGUCUUCCCAUUUCCGCAACCAUGCCAGCGACCUCUCCAUCGUUGGUGACGCUCCCUCGGCAAGCGUGACUGAAGACCUGGUCACUAAGCUGCUGGACGCACUAUCUGCAGAAGGGGAGGUUCUGGGAGAUUUCUACAGUCGGCUGAAGACUUUGGCCACCGACUUCAGCUCUUUAAGUAUCGAGGAGGUACUGCGCCGCCUAGCAGGUAUAUUCGUGGACGGCGUGCUAUCGAGCGCACAGGUAGUUGUGGAUGCAUUGAUUGAUUUCAUCCAAAGCUUUGCCGAUGAGGCCAUGGCCCUGUUGGACACCAAGCUCCAUAUCCCCGUCAUCUCCGAAAUCUUGAAUCUAUUGGGAGUCCCCGAUAUCUCUUUCUUGGAUAUUUUUAUGUGGAUUGGAGCUGUCGCCUACACCGUCGUGUACAAGGUGAUAAACAACGAACCACCUUUCCCCGACGAUGACAACUCUGCUGCUCUCAUCGGAGCCAGCAGUUGGGACGAGUUGGAACAGCUAUUUUCGUCAACAGUAACUUCUCCGCGCGCGCUCUCCCAAACCACCCAGCAGUCCAUUUACGUGUCCGCCAAUGCCAUGAGCGGAAUGGUACUGUUCAUCGGCAACAUCGCCCUAUUCAUGGAGGCCCAGGCACCCACAGCGGGUAACACCCUCAGCGGGUUGGUAGCGGUCAUCAAGCUCAUAGUUGUGGCAAGCGUGGGGGCCAGCAACCUCCUGGCACCCAAAGAUCCCAUCCAGGACUCUGGUAUGAAGGUGCUUUCACGCGUUUGCUUUGGACUCGAUAUUGCCACCAGCUUCCUUGGAUUCACACCCGUCUAUGGCAAGCUCGCGGCUACCACGAGCAAGUUCCCCGAUUUGCUACCGAGUGAUGGGCGGGCGGUGGGUGCUGUAUUCAAGGCACUUCUCCUCAUUCCCAAGUUGAUGGCUACGUCGUACCAUUUGUAUGAACUCACCAGCGAAGAGGCUGGUGCGGCUCGAUCUGCAGCUAUCGUGGGCGAGGUAGCGAACCUCACCGGGGCUGUAGUUACAGUCUCGUAUGCGGCUGCAGUGAAUGAUAAGGAACUGGCAAGCCGACAGGUUCCGAUCGGGGUUAUGACGCUAUGUGUUGAUCUUUGGUCUGGUUUACUGGUCGCCGAAUCAAUGAUCCAUUGA